CGGGAUAUAUUGCUGUUGAUUUGGGCGUAAUGAGGGAAACCCUGUCAGACACGUUUUGUUAUGAUUUCCAUGAAUGGCAGGAGAUGAAAUAGAGGGGGAAAUUGUUAAGCAAACGACUGGUGAUAAAAUACUAUGAGCUAUAAUUAGAAAGCAAAAAUAUAAAUAUAAGACCCAGAGGAGGAACAAGUGACUAUUUGAUUUUCUUCGGACUGAAGGCACACAUUUGUCUUCAAAGUUCACCUGAUAUGAGGAAACCAAGUGCUGAAUGGAGAGAAGGUUCUUUACGCACAGCACACAGACUCCUCCCACACUCGCCUGGAAGAAAACCUCUUGUUAGAGUAGGAGCUGGCCACUGACACAGACUCCAUCCGCACUGACUGAUGCUCAACAACCCCUUGUGCACAUUUAUAUCUUACAGGUUUUUUUUUCACGCGCAUGCAAAAUGAAGGCUUUUAUUUCCAUAGUGACAGUGUUGUGGCUGAUAACAAUACCCUGCAUGGAAGCUAUCCACGGAUUAUACAACUUCGGCGAGCAUGACUUAUUCUACAAAAAGAAGAACUGCAAGCCAAUUCCUCCAAACCUCCUCCUGUGCAACAACAUAGAGUACGCAGAGAUGCGCCUCCCGAACCUGCUCGGGCACGAAACCAUGAAUGAAGUUCUGCAGCAAGCUUCGUCUUGGAUCCCGCUGGUUCAGAAGCAAUGUCACCCCGACACAAGAAAGUUCCUGUGCUCCCUUUUCGCUCCCGUCUGUCUGGACGAGUUGGACGAUCCCAUUCAGCCGUGCAGGUCUCUGUGCGAGAGCGUCAGGAAUGGCUGCGCGCCCGUGAUGUCCGCGUUUGGCUUCCCCUGGCCAAAGAUGUUGGACUGCGACCGUUUCCCACUCGACAAUGACCUGUGCAUACGGCCUGCAAGCAUCGACAGCUUCGUGCCAGUCACCAAAGAAGUGCCCAGAGUGUGUGAUGCUUGCAAAGAAACAGAUGAAAACGACAACGAAAUAGUUGACAACCUGUGUAAAAAUGACUUUGCUCUGAAGAUCAAAGUUAAGGAGAUCUCCUACAUCAACGGGGACACCAAGAUCGUGCCGGACAACAAGAGCAAGACCAUUUACAAGCUGAACGGCAUAACAGAGCGUGAGCUGAGGAAGGCCGACCUGUGGCUGAAGGACGGCCUGCAGUGCAUCUGUGAGGAGAUGAACGACAUCCACGCUGCCUACCUGGUCAUGGGCCAGAAGAUGGACGGCCAUCUGGUCAUCACCUCGCUGAAGCGCUGGCAGAAGGGACAGCGAGAGUUCAAGAGGAUUUCCCGCAGCAUUCGCAAGCUGCAGUGCUAGGAAGGGAAACAAAACAAAAACUGCAUGUGUCACUGUUGAAGAAAAAGUUUAGUUGAGCUCUUUCCAAUGAUCCCUUUUCAGUUGUCACACAGGUUUGCCAUUAGACUCCUCUCUAGAUUCCAGCUAAGAUGUUUCUCCUUGGCCUCAGACAACCCACAACUUCCUGUGUUUUACAUUGGUUUGUAGUCAUACAUGCCCAAUACGUUAAAAGACCAAAAGAAACUCUACACUUAUAAUUCUCAUAGAUUUUAAUGUUGUGAAGGGUGACACAUAUGCCCCAAUGCACUCAGAUUCGUCACACUAUUCAUAAUAAAACUCAUCUUUCAGUGGCUAAAUCACACAGGUUGGCCCUGUCUUCUAACCGGGGCACAGGUGUAGAUCUAGAACAGACAGUGGUAUGUAAGUUUGGGGGGGGGGCAAGUCCUUCAAAUUGUAGUAAUGUGAGAUUUAGUGCAGUUCAAUAACUCCAAUUCAUUUAGCACUUAGUGAGUAGUGGGUGCCCCCUAAUGGCCAGUAUUAAAGCGAUGUGUAUUUUGUUGUCAGCUCAUUAAUUGCACUCAGCUGGUGUCCAAGGUGUAAAGCAAUCACUCAUUACAUGGUUAGAGUGAAAACUAGCAGAGCUUUCAAUCCCGGCUUAAAACUGAUGAUGUGGCUCACUGUUAAAUCUUGCGAUGGGGGUGAGUUUAAGACCUUUUUCUUUACUCUUCUGGCAUUCCCCGGAUUCCGCAUUUUAACCCACAAAUUAAACUGAAAACAUGUCAUGGGGCAUUCCUCAAAUAAGCUUAGGUCAUCAGCAGCUGCUUGUUUAGGAUUAUUCCAAACUCCUAGAAGGGACAAAUUACAUCACAAGGGUCCAAGGCAAAAUUAGGCAUUUGCACAUUUGCUCUCAUAGUUCUACAGCAACAGUUACUGAUUCAUAUUGUGUGUUGCAUGUUGAGUGAAGUUGCAUGAGUGGGAUGUUCAAAGACAGUUAGUGUUUUUGUAUUCCUACUGCUUUCUCAAGCAAAAACGAGAAAUAGCUGGCUAUAUUCUCUUCCUGUUCAACAUUUUAAUUCUCUUAAGUAAUCUUUUUGUACUUGAGCCACUGCAUACUUUUUUACCACAGUAUGAAAACGAUUUUCUUACUCCGGACUUUCAUAUUUCAUUAAACUUUUAAGUUGGGCUUUGGUUUGCAUCUUCAUCCUGUUUGAGUGACACAAGUUGGUUUUUAGGU